AUGCAGCAAGAGUUGCAGUUGGUUCUCCUGAGUCUCGGGCUCUGGCUGAGAUGCUGCCUGGCCAUAGACUUUUGCGGGAUUGAGGCCUGCCGGGGAAUGGCUCAUUUGGGCUGCAACAACAGCAUGAAAUUCGAUCCAAGCUGUCUGCGGGAGCACACCGUAGUCAAUAUGGAGAUGUACCGUCGGUAUCUGGUGGCGAUGCACAACAUGUACCGCCAGAGGGUGGCGAGCGGGGAAGUGAGCGGGCUGCCAAGGGCCCAGCACAUGCCGGAGAUGGUGUGGGACAUCUAUCUGGCGCUGGUGGCCGAGUACCAUCUGAAGCGCUGCCUGCGGGAGCUGCACAACCUGUGUGUGGCCACCGACGACUUCUCCGAGCCCGCAUUCAGCUACGGCGAGGAUCUGCAGCCGCGUUCCGCGCGCCUCACCUCGAACAUGCGCCAGAUGACCUUCCUCACCGAACAGUGGCUGCACGAGGUCUACCUACUGAAGAGCAUUUACACGGAAUCGGCGCCCAAGGCGAUACGCAACAUCAUCACCGAUCGCGCCGCCUACAUGGGCUGUGCCGCUGGCCAGAGCUACGACAAUCGGCAGGUUCGAUUCGUCCUGAUAUGCUACUACGACUUGGGCCCCCCCCACCACCAGAAGCUCUACGCGACGGGCCACUUCAAUGAGAGGCGCUGCCCCGGUGGCAGGAGCAGCCGCCACACGAACCUCUGCAGCACGGUACCCAAAAAUGACUAGAAGCCUGCCAGAAUAAAUACUGCAAACGCUCUGAGUAUAAUUAAAUGUGCCAGCCACUUGGGCAAUCAAAA